GCACAAGGGCAAUCAGGCGGCAGCAGCCACAAGGAAGACCUGUCUGUCUCUAAAGCCCACUGGAGAACUUCGCAGCUCUGAAAAGCCUCAGAUCAGAUCUUCUAGUAGCCCCGGAGAGUGUUGGAGGUUGGUUGGGUCUCACACCCUAUGUGACCUCCCACGGGACCGAAACACCCCCAUAUUUAAAAAGAAAUAAGGAGAAAGAGGUCUUUCGUUGUCAGGUGGAGACGAUCGGAUGCUCAGCUGCACUACAUCCACCAUGCCCGGAAUGAUCUGCAAGAACUCAGACCUGGAGUUUGACUUGCUGAAACCCUGCUUCUACCCGGAAGAAGAUGACAUCUACUUUGGUGGUCACAACUCGACGCCUCCAGGGGAGGACAUCUGGAAGAAGUUUGAACUGUUGCCCACCCCGCAAUUGUCACCUGACAGUGCCUUGGCAGAGCACAGCCUGGAGCCGGUGAACUGGGCCACGGAGAUGCUGCUGCCUGAGGCCGACCUAUGGAGUAACCCCGGCGAGGAGGAGGUUUUCGGCUGGGGAGGACUCCGCGGCUGCACCAGCAACCCGAUCAUCCUUCAGGACUGCAUGUGGAGCGGCUUCUCCAAUCGGGGGAAGCCAGAAAGUGUGGUGAGCGAGAAGCUGCCAGGGGGCUACCGGUCCCUCGCCGUCGGCGCAGGCACCUUGGCCCCCGGAGCGGCAGCCGCCGCCAGCUCUGCUGGCCAUGAGCGCAGUGGGACAGCAGGUGUGGGGCGUGGGAAAGCAGCCUGGCUCACAGAGCUUUCCCACCUGGACUUGGAGUGUGUGGACCCUGCUGUGGUCUUCUUCCCAGCGAAUAAGCGCGAGCCUAUGCCUGUACCCACCAUCCCCGCCAGCACCGGCUCAGCGAUAAGCCUCGGUGACCACCAGGGGCUCAGCAGUUCCCUAGAGGACUUCCUAAGCAACUCAGGUUCUGUAGAGGAAGGCGGAGAGGAAAUCCAUGUGGUCAUGCUGGAGGAGACACAGUUCUCCAAGACUGUCUCCAGGCUCCCCACCGCGGCGCAUCAGGAGAACGCAGCGCUGAGUCCCGGGUGCGCGCAGUCCAGCGAGCUGAUCCUUAAGCGCUACGACCUCAUUCAGGAGCAACACAACUAUGCCGCGCCACCAUUGCCCUACGUGGACAGGGAGGACGCACGGCCUCAGAAGAAGCCCAGGAGCCACGCUUCGCUAGCUCUCAAAUGCGUCUUCCGGCCAAAGGCUCCGAGGUUGGGAUCCCGGAACAACUCAGACCGGGAGAACACCGAGCGUCGCCGCAACCACAACAGGAUGGAGCGCCAACGCCGUGACAUUAUGCGCUCCAGCUUCCUGAACCUCAGGGAUCUUGUGCCUGAGCUGGUGCACAAUGAGAAGGCCGCUAAGGUGGUCAUCCUGAAAAAAGCCACUGAGUACAUCCACACUCUGCAGGCUGAUGAGUCCAAGCUCCUGGUGGAAAGGAAGAAACUGUAUGAAAGACAACAGCAGUUGCUACAGAAAAUCAAACAAUAUGCUCUGUGCUAAAUGUUUCUUAAAUGGACAGUUACUGUUACUUUGCACAUGUUAACUUGAAAAAAAGCUAUUGUGUUGACAUAAAAAAUGGUUUACCUUCAUAUUGGUCCCUUGUUAAGUUUGGAUCUGAAUAGGGGCAAGUCAUUGAUGGAGUUCUAGUGGUACCUUGGAAAGCCCAGGAGUAGGAUGCUGUUAGGUAAUUUCUUUCUUUCCUCUAACCUCAGUGAAUGCUUCAUGCUGGCCAUGAAUGUUCAGGACAGUUGGGAACCUUUACAGGGUAUUGAAGUCAGGUUCACUCCAAGUUUCCAGAGCCACUCCUCCUUUUUACAAGAGAUUAGAUUCCAAUAGAUGCUACAAAAGGGGUUUGGCAUUUGAUAUAUAUGAGGGGACAUCUUUGUAAAUUUAAUUGAUUCACCCACCAAGAGAUNGGUAUUAUUCAGGAAGUUCACUCCUAAGUAUUGUAAUAAUACCUCAAUGUUUGAGAAGCAUGUUUUGCAUACAGAUAUAUUUUCAAUUUGUUUAUGUACUGUACUAAUUCUUACCCUGUCUGUGUACUUUUGUAUGCUACUGAUAGGUAACUAAAUUUGAUACUUAUGUUUUCAUAUGAAAAUGAAUAGUGAAAGGUUUUAGUAGAUAUUUAUAAUUUUUUGAAUUAAGAAACUUUUUAAAGAAAUUAUAUGUGUCUGUGAGUUCCUUUUUUUCCAAGUCCAUAUCUUCCUGUUAGUAUAUUUGUUCACAUGUGAUAUGUAGAAAUGAUUUAACUCAAUGCUGUGUGUUUAAUUUCUACAAAAUAUGUGCUCUUUGAAAUACCUCAUGUUCUUAUGAAAUAAAUGAU